AUGAAAAGAAUUAAUAAGCAACCACAGUUCAAGGUAUUAAAAAAAAUUAAAAAAGAGUCUUUAUCACCUUUACAACAUAAUUAUGAUUAUGAAAAUAAAAAUGAAAAAUCACCUAAACAUUGGGAAACAGUAUAUCAUGAAAUCAAAAAAAUGAGGAAAACUAUUGCAGCAAAUGCUCCUGUGGAUACAAUGGGAUGUGAUGUUGCAGCGGACAAAGAUACUAGUCGUCUACAAACACUUAUAAGUCUCAUGCUUUCAAGUCAAACAAAAGAUACGGCGAAUGCAAUUGCAAUGAGGACCUUAAAACAAAAACUUCCUGGUGGAUUAACAUUAAAAAGCCUGAUAGAUGUUGAUGAGGAAGUACUUAAUGAGUUCAUUAGGCCUGUUGGAUUUCAUAAUAGGAAAGCAAAAUAUAUUAAAGAAACAGUUAAAAUUCUUGAGAGGGAUUAUAACGGUGAUAUUCCAUCGACUAUUAAGGAUCUUGUUGCUCUUCCAGGAGUAGGCAAGAAUUGUUUUAAAAUGGCACAUCUUUGUCUUUCUUGUGCAUGGAACAGAACUGAAGGAAUUGGUGUAGAUGUUCAUGUGCAUAGAAUUUCAAAUCUUCUUGGUUGGGUAAAUACAAAAACUCCUGAGCAAACACGAUUAAAACUUGAAUCAUGGUUACCAAGGAAAUAUUGGAAAGAAAUUAAUCAUUUAUUUGUCGGUUUUGGACAAACUAUAUGUUUACCACGUAAAAGAAAAUGUUCAGAAUGUACUCUUAGUUUUCUAAAUUUAUGUCCGAGUUCUAUAAAAAAAGAUGAUACAUUAUUUAAUAAUUUAAAUGAAAAUGAAAAUAAGCAUGAUAUGUUAAAUCAAAUAAAGGAAGCAAUGGAAAAAGAAAAUAAAGUUAUAGAUGUAGAAGAUUUGGCUUAA